AUGGCGCAACCCGCGGAUCACGAAAAAGGACCCGAUAAGACUUUAAUGAACCCAGGGCCUAGAUCGGACGAGUCACCUCCCUCAAGAGAGUGUGGCGUGGCGGACCUUGAUGGCGAAUAUCAGCGCCUCCUAGUCCGUGCCAUCAACCGUCUUCUUUCGACGGAGCUUGCGGAAUUUACCUUUGCCCAAAUUCUCGAUGGCCUUCCCACAGGGGAGGUCGCUUACGAUUCCCUCGCAAUACCGUAUGGGGACCACCCUAUUGGUACCGUCCAUGACGAACUGUGCCCGGGUAUGGUGGACAAGCUGAUCCUGGCGUACCGGGCUUCUUCUCCAAACUCAAGCGACUUUCAAACCCGCCUCGUUGAGUUAGUAGCCGUGGCUGUUCAUCAAAUUGCCGCACUUCUCUUCGAGCUAGACAGCAGCUUGCAUAAGGACGACGGUGUGACUGACUGGGUGCCACCCAAGUCCGACGAGUAUUACCAGCAGUACCCCCGAGGAAUUGCGGAUAUGGUGGGCUAUUGGGCCGAGUCCCGUAUUUUCGGCGGCGUUGUGUUGUUCUACCGGCGCAGUCCAACUGGUGGUGGCCCAGAGGUUGAUCCUAACGCGAUUUAUUUACACCCAAAUCGGCAAAAGAUAACCUACCGUAUUUUCCAGCUACUACCCGAUCAACGGAGCGCGUUUGUGGAUUUCUUGCUAGCCGACGACCCGGCCCCAGCCUCACCCUUCUCAAUCCUCCCCGAUGAGAACAACCGCAUCCGUGUAGACCCGGAAGAGCCCAUUCGGGAAACGGGAAUUUAUCGAGAUCCAUGGGAGCGGGCGGAGCUCGGGCGAGACCAGGGCGACGGGAGGUAUAUAACGGUAUGGGAUCGGCUAGAGUAUCCAACCACGGAGGAUUACAUUGCUUCGAGGGGACGGGCGCAGCGUCGCAAGUAUGGAAUCAUCUCAGAGGCUUCUGAUUCGGAGAAUGAAGGCAGGGAAUGA